AUGAGCAUAGACGUUGUUUUACAAUCAUUAAUUCCAAAAAAGGCUACAGAUGAUUAAACAAUUUACACUUUGCUGAAGUAGUAUGCUGUUUUAUAAGUUAGCUUAAAGCAAAAUGAGUAAUUUUCAGCAGAAAUUAGCUAGGAGUUAAAUAGUGUAUUUUAGAAAAACAUAAAUGACGAAUCUAUAAAAAAUAAUGCGCAAUUUCAUAGAAAAUAUUUGUUUUGCCUCCUUUACUUGUAUCAGCAACUCAAAUAAAAUAAAAUUAUGGUCUAAAUAGAUGUUUUACAAGGACUUUUUGAAUUCUCUCUAAGUCUCAGUUUAACAUCUACAUAAAUUAACUACUAUUUUGUUCUAAAAACAUUCAACAAAAUUUUAGUGAAGUAAGGAGGAGAACAAAUCAAUGUGAUGAUAAAUGAAUUUUUAAAUGCAGAAAUUAUUUUAGAAAGCUCUGUUUUGCAGUUCUACAAAACUCUUAAAGAAAAAGUAGAACAUGCAGAUAUAGAAAGUCACCAUACUCAACAUCUUAAAAAGCAAGAAAUAUUGAUAGAUUUUUAUAUAGAGUAUGUCUAACUCAACAUUAAAAAGGGGUAAUUCUCCUAAAUUAGUGAGUCCGUCCAAGGAGUUACAAAAGAUAUAUUUAAGGUCUACAUUUGGAAUGAAGAUACAACUUCUAUUUUCUAAAAAGUUUGCAGUAGUGAAGCCAAUGGUUUUGAUUUUUCAAAAUACAAUGUUAAUUCUCUUUAUAAUGCCAAUUAUUUUAAUAAAAUGAGAGAAAUAUUGUUCAAAUACUUUAGGACACUAUUUUAGUCAUAAAAAUCUAUUCAAGAUAACAUCUCUAGUGAAUUUAGAAAGAGGUAUUUAUAGUAGAGAAAUAACCUUAGUAGCUAGCCUGAUAAAUAGCAUAACUUACUUUGUUUUGAAGUUAUUAAAUUUGUAGAGCUCUUGUACUUCAAUAGAAAGUAUGACUUAAAUGAUGAAAUUGUUAAAAGCGAAUUUUAUUGGAGUGAUUUGAAAAAUACUCUCGAAUUAUAUGAAAAUUUCGAAGCCUGUAAACAAGGUGUUAAUGCUUUAAAUGGUAUUCUUGAAUCAGUUUAAAAUAGAUUUAAUGAAAAGGAUAUUAAAAAUGAUAAAAAUCUUUUGGAAUAUAGUAAAAUUUACACAAAAAAGUAUAAAACUUUUGUAGAUCUUUACAUAACACUUGACAGUUUUGCAGUUCACUUGAUUAAAAGCUUGUGGCCUCAAUUAGCUAAUUUCUUUUAAAAAGAUCCUGUAGGGAUCAAUAAAAUUGUAGAAAAAAUCCCAAUUUUACAUCAUUUGAACUCUGAAUGGCCAGUAUAUAUCUUAUUCAAAAAAUCAAUUUAUCACAACAAUUAAAGUAUUGUUAAAUGCUGUGUAAAGUAUUUCUUGAAAAUGGAAGAAAUAGAUAUUGAUGAUUUAUAAGACUUGAUAUAUGACUAUGCAGUGCCUAUUUUAAAUAACUGUUUAUUUUACAAUGAUGCUACUCUAGAUGCUGAUAGUAAAUUCUAUAACGUUGUUUAAACUUUCUUUUUGAAUGCCUAUCAAAAAAUACUCAAAAAUUUAAAAGAAAAACUAGAAUAGUCCAAUUAAGCUCAAGAAUAUGAAGAAUGUAGUAAAAAAUUACUCAACCAUCACUUAAAGAGAUUGAUCUAAUCUGUUUGCAAGCAUAUUGUUCACCCUUAGGCAGUUUGCGCCUUUUUAUUAGUUUUUUCUAACUUGAAUGAACAAAGCACCUCUAUAAGUAGUGAAGAGAUAAAAAUGAUAUUAGACUUUACUCAAAGAGUUUAUGCAAGAGCAAACGUUAGAAAAAGAACUAUUUUUGCUAAAGGGUUAAUUUCAUUAAUUGUCAAUCAUUUAGAUAUUUAAAACAUUGAAAAUGAGUAAAUUUAUGAUUUGAUACUUGGAUUCCCUUAACAAACUUUCGAAUGGAUGAGCAUCAAGCAAUUUAAUGGGCCUUAGCAUUUAAUUGAACUUGAUUUAGUUAAAAUAAAUGAAGAAAUAAACUCUUCAUUUUAAUACAAGAGCAAAUUAUUGUAUUUCUUGAUAAAAAAUGCUGAAAAAUUAAACAUCUCUUAGACUUUAAUUGACUUAAGAAACAAUAUAUCUUAGAUUAAAUUGUAAAAUAAUGAAGAUUAACACUCGUAUUAAGAUAUGAAUUAAUAAUAUUUAAAAUUCUUAAGUUUUACCAAUAUUUUACUAGAAAUACCCUCUUAUUCUCAUGCAAUUAAACAUCUAAUUGAUAAUUCUAAAGAAAUUAAAAAAGAAUUAGAGUUCCUUUAUUAGUUCUCUAUUGAUGGCAAAUUAGCAGAAUUUACUUCUUCUUGGCUUUUUAAUGACAAAAUAUCUGAUAUUUAUACUAAUUCUUAUCGCCCUUACUAAGAAAGUACUUAAUAUAUUCUGCAAUUAAAAGAAUUGAUAAAGCUAUUUAAGGAUACAAAGGAAAUGAAAAAAAUACAUGAAUAAUUAGACUCUGUUAGUGCUGAUCUUCUCAGUUAUUUAAUGCUUAGAAUAUCAGAAAAGGAUAUUGAUUCUAAAUAAUACUCUGAUUUUUCUUACUACUAAAAUGAAAUUUUAGAUCUGUUCUUCAAUUUGUACUAUUAUGCUAUCUCUCCUCAAUUGCUCAGACCUACUCACAAAUUAUCUACUUCUCUAUCUAAAGCUAUUAAAAAUAUGUUUGAAUAAUUGAUUUAACUUUUAAAUAGAUAAACUUCAUAGUCACAUUCAAACGAAUCCAUUCUAUCACCUGGUGAAGAAUAACUAGUGUGCCUUUACUUUGAAAUUUUAUCUUGUAUCUGUAAGUCAAAUUUAGAUAUAAUUUAAUAAUCACAAAAAAGUGCUAACAGUUCUAUUUUUAUUGAUGAUUUAAUAUUUGACAAGGGUUUGGAAUUGGUUUAAAUCCUAUCCUUAUAUGACUCGCCUAGUGAUUAAAAUUAUCCAGUUAUCAAAUAGUUGGCUUCAAAGCGUGGGUUCUUAUCUAAAUCUCAUGCACUUCUUUGCAAUUUAAUGAGCUUGCUAAGCUUUAGCAACGAAAUUUAUAACAACCCUAAUUUCACCAAUAUUAUUGAUAAAGUAGUUGCAGAUGCAUAUUAUCUUGCAGAUGUCUUUGAUUUUAAUAAAUUAGAUGAGCUCUUUAUCAUGUUGAAAUAUGUUUAUAAUCCUUACCUUGUAAGUCACCUCAAUGAUGAAAACUAAGAAUAGCUUAUUAAAGACUUUAAAAAUCUUUUUGAGUUAUGUUUCAACCAAAAUAUUUUAACAACUUAAUUAAAUUACAUAACUUAUAAAGAAGUUCACUAUAUGUACGAAUGGGCUUUGGACCAAACACUAUUUUACAAUCCUUACAUAAUAAAAUCUGACAUUAUUUAACAUUUUAUUAAGGUAACCUUGAAGGCAGGUUAAAAUAAUUGGUUACUAUAGAGAAAAGUUGUGGAUAAAAUAGCUUCAAUAUUUUAUUCUGACCCUUCUUUACUUGUUUCUUUUGAGAAAACUAUUUAUAGAUUCAUCAAAAUAAAAGAAUAUAGAGGAUUUGAUAAUGGAAUGGAGUUCUAUAAAGAUGAGUUAGAAAUUCCUUUAGCAAAUGAACUCAAAACCAAAUUUUCUAAUAACAUAGAAUAUUAUGGAGCUUUCCCAAGAUUUAUGAUACUAAAACUAUUAGAGAAUAUUGUUAUCUGGAUUAAUAAUUGUGUGAAUAAUCCUAGUGAUUUAUUAGAUGAGGUUACUAAAGCUAAAUUUAAAACUUUAAUUGAUUUUUAUAUAAAAUAUACAUAAAAUUUGUUAGAAAGAAAUUACUAAAAGAAGUACUAAAAGUCAAGAAACUCACUUCUUCCAAAUACCAACCAUUAUAACUCAAAAAUCCGUAUGUGGCAGUGUCUCUGUGUUAUUAAAGAUUUCUUUACUGAAAAAGUUAUGAACUUCAUUAAAAAUACCUUUGAUUAAUCAGAGUAUAAUGUUGAUAGACUUAUAUCUGACAUCAAAGAAAAAAUUUGGGGAAUCUUAGAUUUUAACAAUUAAGUCAACAUUAGACAAUAUAUUGAAGUAUUUACUCUUCACUUAUACAAUGAAUUCCCAGUUUAUUUUGAAUAGAGCAUCAUAGAUGGAAUCAAGGAAAAAAAUAACAGAUCUCAAUACUCUAUUCCCUUAGUUUUUAUGGCUGGUUAUCAAUUAUGCAGAAAACCAAAUAAUCUUAAAGCCAAAGAAGUUUUAUCUCAUUUAAUUCCAUAUACUGGAUCACAUGUUGCAUAUCUUAGAUCUAUUGCAUAGUACUUUGUUUCCAAAUUCACUGAAGCUAAUGAAGAACAAAUUAAGGAUGAUAUUUUAUUGAAGAAUCUGAAUUCAUUUUUUACAGAAAACAAAGAAUCCAUAAAAAUGAGAAAAACAUUUGAUAAAAUUGUAGAAAAAUUCCAAAAGGUUAUUGAAAACUUUAAUACAGAGCAACUUUUGAGUAUUGACAUGGAUGGAAAUGGUGAGGUGGUUCACGAAAAUGUGAUUGAAGAAAUAAAAAAUGUUUGUAUGAACUUGAUAUAUUAAUUAAAAGAACAUGAAGAUGCUCCUCCCAAAAAAGACGAUUUAUGGAGAUUAAAAACUUAAGAAUUCAUUCAAGAUAUUCCAAUUCCUGAUUUAAGUGAGGUUACAAACUUCUAGAGAAAAAUUGAUGUGGUUUAGAAUGAACUAGAUUAAAUUGAAGCUGAAAAGAAAAAAAGGAGAAAAGAAAAAGACAUCAUAGUUGUAGCAUCAUUGUUAGAAAAGAUACCUAAUUUCGGACACUUAACAAGAACUAGUGAAAUUUUCGGAGUCUCUUCAUUGGUCAUUCCUAAUAAAGCAAUUUUGGAAGAAGAAGGUUUCAAGGCUAUAUCAGUUACAGCAGAGAAAUGGCUUCCUAUUUAAGAAGUAAAGGAAAAAGAUCUUAUGGCUUUCCUGAUUCUUAAGAAAAAGCUUGGCUACAAAAUUGUUGGAUUAGAACAAACAAGCAAAAGUAAGAUGAUACAACAUUAAGAAUUCCCUGAUAAAUGUAUACUUCUUUUAGGAAGAGAAAAAACAGGUAUCCCUCUUGAGUAUAUUGAAAUAUUAGAUGAAUGUGUAGAGAUUCCUUAAUUCGGAUAAGUAAGAUCUCUUAACGUUCAUGUUAGUGCAGUUAUUUGCAUUUGGGAGUUUGUCAAGUAAAAAUUUAUCAAAGAAUGA